AUGUCGACUGCGCCUCGGCAUACAGCUGGCCUCCCACCGGAUAGCAUUCCGCAGACACCGCCUGGCAUUAUUGAGUCACUUAAACAUCGGUUUGGAUACGGUCUCCGAUAUUCAUCUGUGCAGUUGCAUGCAUCUGGUGAGAACAUGUUUGCGAUCUGUGCCGAAUAUCCGGAUUUUAAGGAGUUUGUUACUAAGGUGGACCUACCAGAUACAUUUCAGUCUUGGUUCUCUUUAAUGACUCUUCAUAUCUGGAUGUGCUUGUUAAUUUGGAUCGAUCUUAAAGGGCGGAUGCGUGGCUUCGGAAUAAUUCGAAAGCAGCAUGACCAUGUCGAGCAAUUCAACAUGCAGUUCUUUGGUUCACUGUUCGCGUAUGAUGAGGCCUUUCUCAAAAACUCUGAUGCCGCUCUUUCCGCAGCACUUUGGAGGAAUUUCUUCCACGCAUCUUCCUCGAUUUCGGCAGUGCAGCUUGAGACAAUGGUCAAAUAUAUUCGUAAACAGUUGGCCCACUUGGAUUCCAUACCCAAUGACCUUUUCCUGGGCAAAGGAUUUGCUACAUUUUUAAAGUUACAAGAAGAAACUCUAAAAAAUGAAUACGCUUUGCAGCGUCUCCGCUACUGUUUAACGUGGCCCAGUUGGGCCAAGUAG